GCCCCACUCGCCAGUCAGUCGGCAGGCAGAGCAAGAGCAGCCCGCAGCUUUUUUCGUGUGGAGAUCGCAGUUUUUCGCUUGCCAAUCGAUGCGGUUCCGGAAUCCAUUUGCAGUUCUUUGCAGUGCAGCGCUUCUUUGACUUUGCUUAAUUUGCUUACACGGCAAUUGACGGCAAUUAAAGGCGUUAGAACGGCGUUAAUUAAUUCAUGUUCGCUUUUUGAACACAGCUGGCCAGACAAGUUGUUGGCCCCCCCGUGAUAAGCAAAACACUAGUUUGCCGAGUGGAAUGCAUUUGAUUAGAUUGCGAUUUGUUUGUUGGCCCCCUCGUCAUUGUUGUCAUUAAACAAAAGCUGUGCGGACCGGUUAACCUGACUUACCCGUUUCGGCGUCCGUUUCGAUUUUCGGUUCCAGUGCCGCUUUCCUAAAAGUCGCGAAUCUUUCGGGUUUUUUGCCACUCUUGCAGAAUGAGUUUCGGCUGUGCACCGGAAACAAACGAGAACGAAAUAACAAUCAGCCAUUCACAAAGCCAUAAAGCCCAGUGAAACACUUGAUAACGGAGCCCAAAAUCCAACAACCCCAAGCCAAAAAACCAAAAUACAUAUAUCUCGCAACGUUGAUUAAUUAAAUGCUGAUCCGGUGAUUUCGCGUCUGAAAUAUCAAUCGAAACGAAUAAAAUAUGUGUGUCAUAAGUGCAGAGAAGAAGUGAAGUGCAGCUAAAUGUGAAAUGCGAAAAGGCCCAAAAAUGCAAUUGAUUUAAAUGAAUUUCUGUUUAAAUUGAAAUAAAUAUUUUCCACCACUCGUAACACGAGCGACCGACCAAACGAAAGCCGGAAAAGUGCAAGUUCAUGGCGAAAUUUAAAUACCAAUUGGUGCCAGCUGAGGGGAAAAUCGAAGUGCUCGAGCCAUUUAAAGGCAGUGCGGUUUAGGAUUGCUGACGAAGAACAAUUCAGAUUAAACCAAUUAAAAUUGGAUUUCUGUCGAAUAACAAUAGAGAACCUUUAGAGAAUAGCAAAAGUAGUAGCACCAGGAGUAAUGGCACCACUUGAGAGCAAUUGAGCGCAUCGUUACAGCACUAAAACAAGGGAAAUAGUUUCGAGGCACAGAGCAAACAAAGCGAGGGAAAAUGUCAGCCACUCAGCCAAAGGAUACGGCAUUAAAGACUAAGGAAUUGGCAGUUGAAGCAGCAGCAGCAGCAGUAGUACCCCCACCCCCACCACCCACUGCCAAAGCACUAACAACAGCAACAACAGCAACGGGAAGGAAAACUUUAACCUCCAGCGCGGCUUUGUCAUUGUUUGAUCAGCUGAAAAACAGCGUCAAUUUAAACAGUUUGACAAUUGGCGCCGGCAACAACAGCAACCCAGAAGCAACACCACCUACAGCAACAGCAACAGCAGUUGCCACACCCACCACACCCGCUACACCACCACCACCCUCUCCCUCCCCCUCACCCUCCUCCAACAUUGAACUGAAACCCCCGGCGAAACCCGCGCGACCCUUCAGCACGCCCAGCAGCAUUGGCAUCGUGCAGGGCACCAAGCGGGGGGCGGGAGGCGUGGUCGGUGGCAGUAGUGGCGCCCAAACAGCCAAAUUGGAUAUAAACGCAUUGCGAUCUCAGCUCUAUCAGGGCGCCAGGAAGACUGCAACAACAGCAACACGAAUAGGAGCCGGCAAGACAUCAACAGUUGUGGCAACAGCCAACAGAGCAACUGGAGGGGAACGCGGCACGAAGGGAUCCAAGAAGCGGUGUCUGGAUCGAUACGACUCGUCAGAGUCAUCAGACAGCGGCGUUGCCACCUCACUGAGCUGCGCGGACUCCAGCACGGGCUCCAGUGAGGAUGCGUCCGAUCCCGGCUCCCCGUACAGUGCGCACUCGCAACUGAGCGACCUGCCACCAUCGCCAGCCAUCCACCACCACCACAGUCAUCUCAGCCAGCACAGCAUGUCCAAGCCGACGACGCCCCAGCGCCACGGCAACCCCAACCUCCUGCCCACGCUCCAAUGGCCAUGGAACACCAGCCUGGGCAGCACCUCCACCGCCGUUCCCGCCGCCACGGCCAACAAGAACAAGCGAACGGCCGCAGGAUCUGGAACGGGAGCGGGCGAACUGCCCAGCUCCUUCGAUGCCAGCAAAAGACUGAAGGUCGCUGCCAUGGAGGAGUCGCAGACCAAGAUCACCGGCUUCUUCAAGUCCCAAAUGAAGCCGUCUCCAAAUGGCGGAAAGCUUUCACCACAGCCUGGACAGCAACAGCAGAGCAAUCCGGCCAACACGCUGACCAUGAGCACACCCGCCACCACCGCUUCGCUAAACAAGUACUUCAAUAUCCUCUCUCAGCUGAAGGAGCAGAAGGCCCAGCAGCAGCAACAGCUACAACAACAGCAGCAGCAGCCGUCGGCCAAGGCUUUGCCUACACCCGCUCCAACAAUUCCGGUUGCUCCUGCGCCUCCCGCCCCGCCUGUGGUCACUCCCAGUUCCAGUUUGCCCGUGCCAGCGCUGAAAAAGAUCGAGCGCAGCACCAAGCAACCGGCCAAGAUUGCCCAGGUUGCGCCCAAUCUGCGCAAGACGCCCAGCAGUGGCUCCUCGGGCAGCUCUUCGUCGUCCUCGUCCAGCUCCUCCAAUGGCUCAAGUACAGGCAAAUCACCAGCCAAGAAGCACGUGGCCAUCGCUCCCAGGACGCCGGAGAUGAAACAGCAGCAACAGGGCAAGGCGGCCAUGGUCUACCGACCGCCGGCAACGAGCCCCGCCCUGAAGCAAAAGCAGAUCUCACCACCCGCCCCCGUGACGGCCACGGCACCCGCUCCAGCGCCAGCACCAGCACUCAAUCCUUCGCCCGCUCCCGCCAAUCCAACGCUCUACCAACUGCCCGUGCAGUUGCCCAAUCUAGUCCAGCUUCCGCCCCAGCCUGCCCAGGCAGCUGCUGCCCAGUAUUUCCUCAAUGGAACUGUCUUCAAGCUGUUGCAACAGGUGACAACGGCCACGACGACGACGGCCACCACAGCCACCUCGGCGGCAGCCACGGCGGGCAAUCCUUUUGGACUGCUUAAUUUGGCCACGGCGGGAAAUCCCUUUGGUCUACCGAACGCCGCCAGCGGUCAGUUUCCCAUUGAGGCCAUUCCGGGAGCUGGGAGCUACCUCCAUCAUCAGCUGCUUCUCGCCAGGCAGAACAACAUGAGUUUAAAUGAAAACAUGGCUUCCAACCCGUGCGGGAACAUGAACUUUGUUAACCCACUCAACAACCAGCAAGUGGGACUCAAGGAUAACAAACUAUAUAUAGUUAACUCGGCCGAGUACCUAGGAUACUUAAUGAGCUUGCAGAUAGCUCUGAACAACCAACAGCAUCAGCAACAACAAAUUAUAUCUGCCACACAGCCGCCACCGCUGGCGGCCACGAACAACAGCAAUACGAACACUGCCACUGCCACUCAGCCGCCACCAUUGGCAGCCACGAACAACAGCAAUUCGAACACUGCCAACAACUCGACUGCCAGCAACAGUAACAACCACAAUGCCUCGAAUAAUCUAAGCAACAUCAACAGCAACAACACUGCCAUACAGCCUCAGCGGGCGAUUGUGAAACCGCCGAUGCACAGUUCCACGCAGCCGCCUCCGCUGGUGACGAUAUCGGCUGCUGCCUCUUCGCCGGCAGCCAAACGGUCACUUCCCGCCGCUAAGCCAUACCAGAAGCGGCUGCCCACAAAGGGAAGAGUGGGAGCGGCGUCUAUUAUUGCCACGCCCACCACUCCGCCGCCUCUGGUGCCCACGUCGGCCACAAAGGAGCUGGGUCAGCUGCGAAAAAGCACGGGGACCACUGGGCCACCCGCAACAUCAACGCCGACCCCAACGCCUCCGCUGGUGAGCAUCGCUCCCUCGAAGCUGACGCCCACGUUAAGCAUGUCCAAGCAAGGACCUACGAUUAAGCUGGCCAACAGUGCGCCCGAUCUCUUUGACCUGGUCAAAAACUCCAAGGUUGUGGCCAAGGUGUCGCAACCGCUAACGCCACUGCCCUUCAGCUCGCCGAGCAACAGCAGUAACGGAAGCCACUGCCUAAGAUCCUCGCCAGCGCUGUCCAACUCAAACUCGUGCACCCUGUCGGCCUUCAGUAAGAUCAAGGUGGAAACGUCGGAGCUGGCUUCGCAGACCGGCUCCACGGUCUCAUCAUCGAUGCCUCCCAUAUCUCCCAAGCCCCAGAGCUUCGCCGGGCAGCUGCCCAAGAGGGAACCAGAAUCGGAGGUCGAGACGCUGAAGCACGAUCUUCUGCCCGACUGCACCAACAGCAACUCAAACUCGAAUUCGUGCAGCAGUAGCACCUAUUCACACUCGGUCAGUUCGGCAGCUGAUCUCUCGCUAGAGGCCUCUACGCCAGCGCCAUCUCCUUCGCCCUCAGCAUCGCCAUCCGGCUUGGGAUCUCCAUCGCCGGCUACCAGCAACAUGAGUGGCAGCAGCCGACGUGCAGCUAGCCAGACUGACAUGCUCAGCGAGCUGGUCACCUCGUCGUGUAUCUCGAGCGGCGGCGAUGAUUGCUCUCAGGCCACGGACUCGCCUCCACCGACGACACUUCCCCUGCAGCUGGUCAAGAGCGAGGACAUGAUCCCGCCGACACCCACGGCCAGUGGCGGAAGCAGCAGCGGGAGUAGUAACUACGAUGAGGAGGACGACAAGUCGGUGGCCUCGCUGGAGACUCAUCAGACGCACAAGCGGCUGAGGGACCUGCCAACGCCGGAGUCUGGCAUCGGUGGAAGCCUGAGCAACAGCGAAAGCAGCAACUCGAUUGCAGAUGCCAUUUCCUCCAAAUCCGCCUCUGUGGGACCACCUACCACUGCAGCGAGCAGUGCAUCCUCCUCCGCCUCCGACAGCAACUCAUUGGCUAGCAAUGCACCUUCUCCCGCCUCACCGGACGACAGUUCUGCAGCUCCGUCGCCCUCCUGUUCAACAUCCACUGCAGCCUACAUUCCGCCCAGCACUGAGGUGGACAUUGCGAUGGUCGAGGCCACCAGCAAAAGUCUGCCGAAGAGCGCCAUUUCCCCGAUCCUCUCGCAGCCAAAGACCAUCCGUUUCCCGGCGGGAGCAGGGGCUGGCGGAAAGGGCGGAAAGCGGCACGACGGCGUCUGCUACUGGGACAAGUGCAAUAAGAAGCACGAGAGCAACUCAAAACUGCUAGACCACAUGCAGACGCACCACGUCAACACGCAAACUGGCCCCUUCGCUUGCCUCUGGGUGGGCUGCAAGGUGUACAACAAGGAGUCUUGUUCGCGACGCUGGCUGGAACGACACGUGCUCUCACACGGUGGUUCCAAGCAGUUCAAGUGCAUCGUCGAGGGCUGCGGUCUGCGGUUCGGCUCACAGUUGGCGCUGCAAAAGCAUGUGAACAACCACUUUAAUGCUACGGACAAUGCCAAGGAGAGCACGAGCAAGCGCACCUCAGAUCCACCCGUGCCCAAACAGCUCCGCAAGAAUGGCAAGAAGCUCAGAUACCGCCGACAGCCCUUCUCAGCUCGCAUGUUUGACUUCUUCGACACGGGCAUCAUGGAGGGGCUGCAGCACCGCCUGCGCCAGAUCAGCACACUCACGAACGGAGCCCAGGCCAUCGAGUUCCAGGGUCAGUGUCUGAUGCGAAGGCGCAACAGUCAGGGCGGCUACGAGUGCUUCGUGCGCUGGUCCCCGCGCGAAAUCAUCUCCGACGAAUGGCUGCCGGAAUGUUCAAAUCGGACCCGCCAGCACACCAAGGUACUGCACAUCAAGCAGAUGCGGCCAGCUGAAAAGACGCGCGUGGACAGUCUGCUUAGCACGGCCUUCCGGUUGCGCUAUGACUCCCAGCUAUUCGCCGACAGUUACAAUGUGAAUGAGCAGCAAGUCGGCGAGCUGAGCGGCAGCGACUGCGAGGAGGAUGGUGGUCAAGAUGACGAGGAGGCCGACGACGAUGAUGAUGAGGAAGACGGCGGUAGUAGUUCGCGCAGUGCGAGCUGCGAGACAGUGUCCAGCUAUCAGCAGGUACUAAGCAUCGCCAAGCUGCAAAUGCAGCAACGCCGCAAGCACCCGCGAAAACCACCCAAAGUGAUGCCGUCGGCGAGGGAGCAGCUGGUUCCAACGGACGCCCUGGUGCCCAUUUAGGGACCUGGCAGAUUUAUAGUAUUCCCUAAGUAAUUAAACGACAAACGAGUAAACAGUGACACAUAGACUAGUUAGUGUAAGGUACUUCCUACGUAUAUAUCCACUUAUGUAUAGAACUAUCAGUACUCCCGCUUUGUUCAUUUUUGUUGUGUUUGGUCUGCAUAACCAGCCGUUUAGUUUGUUGAUCCCAAUAGAUCCUUGUACAUAUUUCGGGAUGGAAGCAGGAUUGAGAGUCAGGAGCAUUUAGUGGCCACCUUAUCGUAACCCACCCGCGCGUUCCAGCAAGUGCUGUUAUGAACAAAUGUCCUAAUUUCUAGAGUUAUAGUUCUAAUUUAGUUCUUAAAGUGUACAUUUAGUAGAGAUUUAUGUGGAGAUGCCCGACUGUACAAGACUUGUUUGAAAGCCAAUUUUAUGUUGAUCUAUUUUAAAAUUUAAAGUUAAAUUUCGUUUUCGUUUUGUUGCCCCUGAUCGUAUUGAAUUCUACUCUUAGAAACUGGCCAAACUUACACUGAAAGCGGAAAAACUACGCACACAACUGAGCAGUUUAAGUUUAAGUAUAGUGAAGUGGAGUGGAAGAACACAAGACUUGAAGCAUUUACCGCUACAAAAUACGAGAAAUAUUUGUAAAACAUUUUGUACUCAACUCGAACAGCAAUGCAAACAGUUUUAAGCCUAAGUUAGACCCAAGCCCAAGACGAUUAUCCAUUAAUUUAGUGCAAAUCGAAUUCGAAUGCAACUUUCGCCAAUUCAUCGGCGUCUCUAGUUCGUUUUGUGAAGAUUUGCGGAGACGGCAAUAAUGCAUAAUGUAAAUAGUAUAAUAUUAACUAGUUUCGCUUUUAAACUUACAUUAAAACUAUUCAUUUAGAACUUAGCCAAGGCAAACCCAAGUAAAAUACGCAAAAUAAAGUUAAAGAAAAUCAACAAUCAACAAGGAAAAUAUAACAAAAGAA